AUGGCUGCCAUUGCGAAGAUUGUCUUCCCAUCACCCCCACCUACGACAAACGCGCUCACAUCGCAGCAGCGUACACAACUCCUGCGCUCAACCAAAAAGUUGGGACGCGUCCUUGGUAUUACACCUCAACUUAUUGAUAUUUAUCCAUAUUAUACCCCCGCCGAAUCCGCAGAGUGGUUAGACGACAACGACUUCUAUCGUCCGAAACGUCGAGGUUCUGUGGAUUCCAUAUCAUCCAGCUCGAGCUUGAGCACUCGGUCUAGAUGGAGCAGCCGAUCCUCGUCACGCCAGCAGUCUCGAACUUCUUCCCCUGCUUCACGCUCCUUGCGAUCUUCGUUAUCGGAUUCCUCAACUUGCACCGAAGAUAUCUUACUCAACAGCGAUGCCAAACCACUUCUUCGUCUCGCCAUGACUUCCCCCUCCUUCGACGCUACAACAGCGGAAUAUAUCGUUUCGCCUACCUCAUCCGAUGAUGGGGUAGAUACCGCAGAAAAUCUACGUCACACCAUACGACCAACUCGCCCCGAAACCAAGCGAGAUUCUUCUCUGGCUGUUCCUUCGUUUCACAUCCCUUCAAACAAUAGCUUACGCCUAGCGAAAAUGGACAGAAUUCGAAAGAAGCUUGGAGAGAAUAUUCCAAUCCACUUGGUAUUCCCUAACGAAGGAGAGACAAAUGUGAUAGAGUCUGCGUACUCUAGGGAUCAACCUUCUGGUCCUACGGUGACAAUCCAUUGGAGACCUCUCCCACCAUUGCCUGUUGAGGAUGAUUCAUCUUCUCAGUCCUCGACCGCAUUUUCUUCCCAUACACGUACUAGAUUGUCCAAUGCGCGAGAUUCCCUCCUCAUUCAAUCUUCUCGCAGAGCUCACAAAAUCAAACGCAAACCCGUUCCAAAACUUGAUUUGGUAGAAUUGGAACCCACCGGUCUUUUUCUUGAUGCGGAAAGCCUGACGCGUCGGGAGAAAGAAAGAUUGAGCUUGAUUCUUGAGCUGCCUCAUGAACAUGAGGACGAGGCGGUCAUGGAUCUUGAUUCUGAUAGUCGUAGUCAGAACUCAACGUGGUUCAGUGAUGGAGGGGAAGACGACAUUUCGUUUCAAAAUUGGUACCAGAACUUCUUGAAGCACGAAGGUGCAAGUUCCCAUUAA